CACGGCUGUCUGUAGGUUAGCUGUCAGUUGAACUCUUGUUUAUUUUGUGUUUGUUGUUUUUUAAUUUAUCAUUUAGCAAACCGAAAAUACAUUAGAAUAUUGACUGUUUCGAUAACACAUCGACACAAAAAUGAGCUCACAAUCCUUGAAUUUUAUGUUAGAAGAUGGUCUUAAUCUGAGGGAUGUGGUCACUACUGGCUCUAUUCUGCAAAUAAACCAAGAUUAUGAUGAAUACGAUUUAACAUCGGAACGAAGAAAUGACGACGCUCUGAAGAUUGAUGUCCUUGGCCAACCAGUAGAAAACUUUGCAGUGUUUGCUGAAAAACUUGUAGCCAUUGACAAAAAUGAUUAUGUGAAAAAGAAAAUAAUUGAAGAAGGAGGUGGUCAACCUCUUCAUGAAGGUUGCACUGUUUCUAUUGCUUAUUCUGGAUACUGGGAAAACGCUCUAGAACCAUUUGAUAUAGUUUCAAUGAAGAAGCCUAUGGAAGUGGACCUAAAGGAUAAUGGGUUGUUACCAGGCCUGGAGAUGGCUGUAAACUCAAUGUUGGUGGGUGAAACAUCCGUGUUUCUUCUCUCAUACAAAGUAAUGUAUGGUGACUUGGGGGUUCCACCGAGAAUCAAACCUAAAGCUGACUGCGUAUUUUAUAUUAAAGUUGUUAGGAGCAUCAUAACUCCCCAAAAAGGGAAAAUUAACUUCUCAGAAGCAAACAUGUUCCAAAGAGUUGAGCAUGAAGUCAAACUGCUAUUAAGCUCAGGAAUCACAUUAUUUCAUACAAAUAAUUAUACAGCAGCCAUUCAAUUAUUCAGGAAAGCCAUCAACAUGCUCCACAAAUGCCGUCUUGCUGAUGAAAACGAAGAGAGGCGGCAAGAAAAAUUAUUAAAAAAAUUGUAUAUUAACUUGGUUGUUUGUUACAACAAUGUGAAGCAACCACUGAAGGCUUGCACUGCCUGUAAUGAGCUGAAUAGACUGAGAAGCCUUUGGAACAAUCCAAAGGCUCUAUAUCAAAAUGCUAAAGCUUUAAAGAUGAUUGGUGAAUAUGAAUCAGCCAUCAAAAGACUCCAGAGAGCUAAGGAAUUAAAACCUGACAAUGAAGAAACAAUAGCAGCAGAAUAUGAUUUGUUGAUGAAAGCAUGGAAUGAUAGUAAAGAGUCAAAGAAAAAAACUGAACUACUACAACAGGCUGAAGAUGAAUUUAAAAAGGAAGUCGAUGAAUUGAUUAGUAACUUCAAAAAUAAUGAUAGUGAACAUCAGUUGAUAAUACCAUCUAGCUUCGGCCCAGAUAAAAUUGCAUAUUUCAGGGAAGUUUGUAUCAGGGAAAAUUUAUUUAUCACUAAACAUGAUAAGAGCGAAGUACCAUGUAAGGAUGAAAAACCAUCUAAUGAAGAAAAUUCGUUUGAAAUUGUAAUGCAGAAAACUACUUUGGGAUCAAGUAGUAAUUUUGUUGAUUAGGUAUUCCACGCGAACGAAGCCGCGGGCAAAAGCUAGUACGCUAUAAGUAUGGGCGCAGGGUGAGACAACUUAUUUUUUAUAAUUAGUAAACUUCCCGGUGGAAGCCCCAAAAUCCAGUGAACUUACGCUUCCAGUCCUAAGGACAGGUUUUAGAGAUGGAGCCUUAACUAUAAGUAAUGUGAUACAUACUAUUAAAAUAAAUUUGAGGACUAA